UCAACCACUGAAUUUUUCAACAGACCAAUCACUCACACUGCCAUGACUUCUUCACGUAGCUCAAUGAUUCUGCUCUGCUUGACCUGCAUCUUCUUAAUUGUGGAUGCUGUAAGUCAAAGCGGCUAUCAGGCUCAGUGCAAAAAAUUCAAUGUACCAUCCUCAGGGGAAAAGACUCCAUGUCCCAAUGUUAAAAAACCAGUGUGUGGCACAGAUGGCCAGACAUACAAGAAUCUUUGUGAAUUCUGCAAGAUAGCUGUGGAAAAGAAAGGACAGCUUGGCUACAAACAUGAAGGAAAAUGCUAGACCUCCGAGUGAUUCAGUGACUACAAUUUUCCCUCACUAACACCUUCAA